AUGACCGCAGCAUCAACAAUGGCCACAGAAUCAACAACGACCGCAGGAUCAACAGUCACGGCAUUAACAAACAUAACAAUAUCAUCGACGACAACAACAUCAACAACAACAACAACAACAACAACAACAACAACAUCAAGAACAAGCUCCUCAAACACUCUAUCAAUACGGAAUAAAUAUAUGGCAGCAGUCAUAUUUAUCAUCGUGCAAGCUGGUCUCGUCUAUGCAUAG